AUGGAUAAUCACACCGUUAAGGUAAUCAUUUUAAUCAACGUCAUCAUAAUUUCGUACUGUGUAAGUGCCAUGAUCUACCCACAGCCAUACCCGUUCUACGUAACAUUCGACUUAUCCCUCAUAACAUUCAUCAUUGCUUUCCUACCUCACACCUAUUUAUACUUAGUCGCCUUCAUCACUCUUAUGAUAGUGUUGACCACUCUCGCAACGGCGCUCUUCUUCUCUUCCGUUGUAUUCAUCCGCAAUAAAAUUUUCUUUGAGGCAGACGAACUCCCGAAGUUCAGCUUGAUCUUCGAGAAGCAGUUUGAUGUUGUAUGCAGUCUAAUAAUGUAUCUAAUGGGUGCCUGCCAAGAGAAUAGCACGUGGGAUAAUUGCACCAUUGUCUGA